AUGAACUUCAUCUCCAGAGCCAUGUCGGCAUGGCCAAUAGAACUGAACUCAAAGACACUGGCAGAGGUCUGUGGACAUGGCACACAUGAGAAUUUUGAAAAGGCCAUACAAAUAAUCUCAUACUACAAUGUGAAGACAGACCUGAAACAUUUCCCAGAUGCGAAAUACCAUUUUGACAAUGAAGAAUUUACAGAGGGGAAAAAGCUUAUAAUCACAGGAAUAGAAAAUAUCACAAAGUCCAUUAAAAAUGAUCAAUUUGAUGAUGCAAGAAUUACGCUUGGGAAAAUCCUGCACACUUUACAGGAUUUCUACAGCCACAGUAACUGGAUUGAGCUGGGAAACACUGAACCCUGUACAGCACUGAUCAAUAAAGAGGAAAACAUACCCAACCCUGCAGAUAAAGCCGAAAAAACAUGCGAGGAAAACUGUAAAAAUGGCAAUUGUGGGGCACAAUUUUUGGAUAAAAUUUUGAAUGAAAAAAUUCUGACAUCAGGAUACUUUGGAAAAGGAAAACCAAGAGGUAAAUGUAGCCAUGGAGGUUUUUUAGAUUUAACAACUGGCAUUUGGAGAAGCUGGGAUGGUAUCAAUAAAGACUACAGUGACUCUAGCCAUGGUUCACGGCAUAAGGAAGCUGCAGAUGUUGCCAUCACUGCCAGUGUGCAACUGCUGGAGAAGAUCUGGGAGAAUAUAGACAACCAAGGUGGAAACAAGUUUCUCAGACUGAUGGGGCUUCAUCCGACACCGCCAAAGGGCAAAUGGAAACCUAGUUUUUCUAUAUUUCACUUCAAAUCAAGAUAUCCAGAAGUUAUGGAUAGUAAUGAUGAUGAAUAA